UUACCAAUAUUGCUGCAUCUAAAACAAGAGACUGUUUUUCAAUUUGUCUUUCAAUUUGUCAUUGCAAUGUAGUCGAAGUGGCAAAACUGUUGACGGAUGCAAUAAUUAGAGGCGCACCAGAUACUGUACAAGAAUUCCUGAAAAACUAUCCUAAAAAUGUGGACGCAAGCAUCCUCGGCAAAAUGACGUGUCUGCAUGUGGCCGCAAAGCAAGGUCAGCGCGAGCUCUGUACUCUCGUUUUGGACGCUGGUGCUUCUUUGCAUGUGGUCGACGAGAAGGAAAACACGCCCUUGCAUUAUGCGGUAUUUGGCAAUCAGCCAGAGAUAAUGGAUCUACUGUUAUCGCGAGGCGCAUCUGUCAAUGCCGCUAACAAUGACAGAUGUAGUGCUUUACAUGUGGCCGUUCAAAAAGGUCAGCGUGAGAUCUGCACCAUCCUUUUGAACGCUGGUGCCUCUUUGCGGAUGACUGAUAAGAACGGAGACACACCCUUGCAUUUCGCGGCGCUCUGUAAUCAGCCGGAAAUAGUGGAUCUAUUAUUAUCGCGAGGCGCAUCCAUCAAUGCCGUCAAUAAUGACAGACGCAGUUCCCUGCAUAUGGCUACGAGGAAAGGUCAUCGCGAGGUCUGCACCUUCCUUCUAGAAGCUGGUGCUUUUUUGCAUAUGAUCGACUUACAAGGAAACACACCCUUGCAUUACGCGUCAUACGGCAAUCAGCCGAAGAUAACGGAUCUACUAUUAUCGCGAGGCAUCUCCGUCGAUGCCGUUAACAAUUACGGACGUAGUUCUCUGCAUGAGGCCGCAAAGAAUGGUCAUCGCGAGGUCUGCAUUUUCCUUCUGAACGCUGGUGCUUCUUUGCAUUUCGUCGAUGAGAACGGAGACACACCCUUGCAUUACGCGGCAUACGAGAAUCAGCCGGAGAUAAUGAAUCUACUGUUGUCGCGAGGCACAGCCAUUGAUGCCGUCAAUAACCACAAAUGUAGUGCUCUGCACGUGGCAGUGGCGAACGGUCAUCGCAAGGUCUGCACCUUCCUUCUGGAUGCUGGCGCUUCUUUGCAUUUAGUCGAUGUGAAUGGAGACACACCCUUGCAUUACGCGGCAUACGACAAUCAGUCAGAGAUAAUGGAUUUAUUGUUAUCGCGAGGCACAGCCAUCGAUGCCGUCAAUAACAACAAAUGUAGUGCUCUGCAUGUGGCCGCGAAGAACGGUCAUCGCGAGGUCUGCACCUUUCUUCUGGACGCUGGUGCUUCUUUACAUUUAGUCGAUGAGAACGGAGACACACCCUUGCAUUACGCGGCAUACGAUAAUCGGCCGGAGAUAACGGAUCUACUGUUAUCGCGAGGUGCAGCCGUCGAUGCCGUCAAUAACGACAAAUGUAGUGCUCUGCAUGUGGCUGCGGAGACAGGUCAUCGCGAGGUCUGCACUUUCCUUUUGGACGCUGGUGCGUCUUUGCAUUUGAUCGACAAGGAGGGAAACACACCCUUGCAUUACACGGUAUUCGGCAAUCAACCGAAGAUAACGGAUCAACUGUUAUUGCGAGGCGCAGCCAUUGAUGCCGUCAAUAACAACAAAUCUAGUGCUCUGCAUGAGGCCGCGUUUAAAGGUCAGCGCGAGAUCUGUACCCUCCUUUUGGACGCUGGUGCUUCUUUGCAUAUGGUCGACGAGGACGGAGACACUCCCUUGCAUUUGGCGGCAUACGGCAAUCAGUCGAUGGUAACAGAUCUGCUGUUAUCGCAAGGCGCAGUCAUUGAUGCUGUCAAUAACGACAAAUGUAGUGCUCUGCAUGUGGCAGUUAAGAAUUAUUACGUAAAAUGCGUGAGAGUGCUGCUAAGUUAUCAUUGCGACGUCAAUCUCCAGGACUUACAUGGCAACACAGCGUUGCACAACGCGAUCGAGAUCAAGGACGCAUUGGACGUGAUCGACGCAUUAUGCACCUGCGAGACAGUAGACUUCACGUUGAGGAACAAACGAGGUUUCAGCAUCCUGCAUUACGCUGCGCUUAAAGACAACGCUCAUGCAAUUGGGAGGCUGGUUACACACACGCGUCAUUUAGUGAACGCGAAAAAAGAGGACGGAUUCACAGCGUUGCAUCUAGCGGCAUUCAACGGAUACAAGGAAGUAGCGGCCAUCCUCCUCUCGCAAAAUGGCGGCUGCGCCGCAGUCGAUUUGCGCAAUAAUCAAGGGCAAACGCCGUUGCAUUUAGCGACUUCGGAGGGACACUGGCCGCUCGUCGAACUGUUGGUGCAUCAUAAUGCGGACGUCAGCAGCAUAGACAAGGACGGUAACACUGUGCUGCAUAUCGCGUGCUGCACUGCCAACAGCCCGAAUCAACAGAUUGUAGUGCUUAUCACCGAAAGUAGCCGAGAUUCACCACUUAUACAUGCUAUUUGGCAGAACCUGGCAAGACAAGGCGCACAGACUGAAUUAGCAUUAGCUUGUUUCCUAAUAAGCGCGGACAGAAGCUGCAAACUUCUUAUGCAAGUCAGAAACAACAAGAACAAGACACCGUUCGAUCUUUUGGAAGACAAGCAACAAGUCGCUGUGCUUGCCUAUUUUCUAGGAUGUUACAAAUGCCAAAGUUGCAGCACGCAAUUAAAAAUAAAGGAGAAUUCAUUGACUGCGGGUUACGUAGAGCAUCGGAUAGAUAAUAUGUCACAGACAGACGGAUUGCGCGGUGCGAAUAAGAAUAUAGCCGGCUUUGACGACGCGUUAAGUCAGGAUUCCUCGGCAAUCAUAGCGAACACAAAGCAGGAGAAUCGAAAUGAUCCCAGCAGCAGUAUUACAGUCGUUGGUUGCAGCCAUUCUGUUAAUACGCAAACGAUUCAAGACGGUCAGCUGGCGACAGGCGAGGACUCCAAUCCGGAUAAAUCGAAGGACGUAUCGUCGGGGAGGAAACGGAAGAUCAGUGACAGGGAGGAGGACAACGAUCAGGAGUCACUUAGGCUCCAGAUGUUACGUUAUUUGAUGACUACAAUCGCGGAUUUUAGAGAGGCAAAUAUGUGCAACAUCUGCGUAGAACGUCGUCGUAACGUCGCCUUUUUAUGCGGGCACUGCGCAUGUGAACACUGCGCCAAACAACUGAACACCUGUCACAUAUGCCGCAAGUGGAUCACAAAGAAGAUCAUUUUAUAUUAGAUUAUCUGCAGAUCAAUAAUUGCACCGGAACGUUGAUUACCACGCGGUACGCGUGUGUAUGUACAGUGGGAUAGAAUCCCAAAAAGUGGCAAAAAUUAAUAUCUUGCGAAAUAUAUGGAAAUAUCUAACACCGAUACUUUUAUAUAAGGUUGUGGCAUCGCUGAUUCUAUUUCUGAUGUCAAAGUUUCCAAAUUAAAAAUGGCGGAUUCAAUAUAGCGAACCAAAAUGCGAAAAGUGACUUGGAUGAAAUUCGGUAUUCGGAAGGUCGUAUUCGGAGGUCGGUAUUUUUGAGGUCGCUGGUGUAGGAUAUAAUAUUACAAUUUUGAAAUUCAGAAUUGUGGAUCCAAUAUGGGAACAUAAAAUUAUAAUUAUAAGCUAACCUAACUUCUACACCUAAACAACUUACUUGUUGCGUAUAUAGUUGUUGCGUAUAUGUUAGUGGGCCCACUACGCAGUUCUAUACAUUCCGCGUCGCCGAGCGAAGCGG